AUAUUUGAACUGGAAUAGACUUUGAUAAAAAUAAAAUCUUGUUCAUCUGUGUAUUUAUUUGACUGCUAUAUAAAGUUAAUUAUAGAAUUAAGAAUAUGUCAAAUUGAGUGUUUAAUGCAAAACUGACUUAUAUUUGAAUAAUGUCCGGAACAGUUUUGGUCGGUGGUGGAACCGGGUUUGUCGGCAAACAUCUCACAAACAGUCUGAAAAACAAAAAAUAUGGGGUUAAGAUUGUGUCAAGAAUGCCUGGGCCUCACAACAUGUCUUGGAACGAACUUAAUGCCAAAGGACUACCUAAAGACACUACUGCUGUUGUCAAUUUAGCUGGACAAAACGUUAUGGAUUUCAAACAAAGAUGGACAGCAGGCUUCAAACAAAACGUUUUUAACUCGAGAAUAAAUACCACAGCAGCAUUAGCAAAGGCCAUUAACAAUUCCCUAGUUAAACCUAAAGCGUAUGUCACUAUGUCAGGUGUAGGUGCUUAUAAACCAGACCCAAAAAAGGAAUACACCGAAUGCAACAACUUGGAGCCAUUUGAUUUUUUUUCAAAAUUAGUAUUAGAGUGGGAAAAAGCGGCAAAAUUAGACCCACCAGCAAAAAAUGAAUGCAGGUUGGUUACUAUUAGAAGUGGUGUUGUUUUGGGUAGAGAUGGUGGAAUGAUAAAAAACCUAUAUCUGCCAUUUUUCUUUGGACUGGGAGGCCCAGUUGGCGACGGAUCCCAAUACUUACCAUGGAUCCACAUUCAAGACUUGGUGGAUCUCAUCAUUUACGCCAUUGAAAACGAUAGAGUAGAAGGAGUAUUAAACGGAGUAGCACCAACCCCUUGUACCAAUAAACAGUUCUCAGAUGCUUUUGCUAAGGCAAUGAACAGACCUGCCCUGAUCCCAGUACCAACUUUCGUGUUUAACUUGAUGUUGGGUUCGGAAAGGGCAAAAAUGAUAACAGAAGGGCAAAUUGUUAUUCCGCGGAGGACCCAAGAUGCCGGUUUUAAGUUUAAUUAUCCUACUGUACAGGCGGCGUGUGAAAAUAUAGUGAAGCAGAAGUAAAAAUGGGAUUUCUGAAUAUUCUAUUGAUUGAAAGUAUUGGCGAUAUCGUUUGUGAUACUAUGAUAUUAUAUGAUUGUUGUAUUUUAAAUUAUUGUAUAAUAAAUGGGUUUUAUUGAU